UUUGUGGCCGUACGUUCCGCGAGGGAUGUUGUGCGUGCUUCGUGUCGUCUGCGAAACCAGCGAAAAUCUGCGUGCUCAAGUGGUGAUCGCGGUGUUGUAGAUGUGAAGUUUUCGGUGCCCGGUGGCUGCUUGGCUGACCGACACCGACUGUUCUAGUUUCUUCCCCGUCGUGCGUCGUCAAGUCGCCAACAUUUGUCGAAUCGUGGAGAUCCCGGAAUCUGCAUGCAAUCCUCGGCAGUGUCCUGAGACUGCUUGCGACUUCUUCGGAGAUCGGCGAGCCCUGCUGAAGCGACCCGCCAGCGGGAUGAGUGCUGCCAAAAUGGCAAGCGCUCCCAAGGAGCGACGCAAAAAUUCAGAAAAACGUAAAGAGAAAUCACGGGAUGCGGCCCGAUGUCGGCGCAGUAAAGAGUCCGAAAUCUUCACUGAGCUGUCACAGCAGCUGCCGCUUCCGGAGAGCGUGGCCUGCCAGCUGGACAAGGCCUCGGUCAUGCGUCUGGCCAUCAGCUACUUGCGGCUGCGUGAGAUCCUUGAGCCGAUAACUGAAGUGGCCAAAUCAGCAGCCUGCAGUGUCUACGAUUCAACGGUUCUGGAGGCCCUGGAUGCUGUCCUGCUAGUGCUGUCGGCCGAGGGAGAGAUCGUCUUCCUCUCGGACAAUGUGGGACGUCACCUUGGUCUAAAUCAGGUGGACUUGAUGGGUCAGAGUGUUUACGAGUACUGUCAUCCCUGUGACCAUGAUGAACUGAAGGCUGCCCUGCUGCCCAAACCCGAAGACCUACACGACCUGUCUCCUCAGCCUUGCCACUUCCUGAUGCGCCUGCGCUGCACACUGGGUAGCAAGGGCCGCGGUGUCAGCGUCAAGUCGGCCUCUUCUUACAAGAUUAUGCAGUGUGUGGGCACGCGCGUCUCACGCGAGGUGGCCCCCAAGCAUUGUCCCGAAGAAGAUCAGCCGUCGCCGCUGCCCGCAGCUGUGGUGGCCAAGGAAGAGGAGGAGACUGUGGCGCCUGCCGCCGUGCCCCACCUGCCGAUCAGCAUCAUCAUCCGCGAGCGGAGGCACUUCCUGGUGUGUGUGGCCCAGCCCAUCCCUCACCCGUCCAACAUUGAGGUGCCCCUGGGGACACACACAUUCCUCAGUCGGCACAACCCCAACAUGUGCUUCACGCACGUCGAUGACAGAACGGAGACAUUCCUCGGCUACACAUCCGAGGAACUGCUCGGGAAGUCCGUCUACUCCUACUUCGACCCCAGGGACGUGCUGCAUUUGCAACAGGACUUCAAAACAUUGUUCGCCAAGGGCCAGUGCGAGACCGGCCAGUACCGCUUCCUGGCCAAGCAUGGUGGCUGCGUAUGGGUGCUGACCCAGGCGACCCUCAUCUACGAGAACAGCAGCUGCAGCAAGCCACAAUGCGUCGUCUGCGUCAAUUACGUGCUGAGUGGUGCCAGCGGGAAGCAUGAAGUGCUCGCAGAGCAGCAACUGACUUCAACGGCGGUGAAGCCAAAGGAGCCGGAGCCGAAGUUGCAGCCACUGCCGACUGCCCCUGUGGCUGAAGCAGCAGCGGCAGCAGCAGCAGAGGAGGACGAGGACGAGUCCGAGUCCGAAGACGAAGACGAGGAGGAGCAGUGCUUCAGCAGUAGCACGAGCAAGAUCUUUGCUCCUCGCACGGCGGACAUGAACAAGGGCUUCCUCAUCUUCGCUGACGAUGACAGCGGCCUCACAGUGCUGAGAGAGGAAUCUGAACCUGAGGACCUGACCCACUUGGCACCACGGGCUGGCGACGACACCAUUCCAUUGGAGGGUCUGCCUUCUGAUGUGCUUGGCGACGCAUUCUCACUGUCGGACAUCUAUGGCGACGAGAACAAGCUGUUGCCGGACUACGCGCUGCUUCCUCCCGAGGAGGACUGCCCGCUGGGUCGGAAGGACCCCUUCCUCAGUUACCGGGACGACAGUGACCCUCUGUCAUCGCCGGGAUCGUGCGGCACGCCGCCGUCUUCAGACGGAGAAGGGCGUUGCAGCAGUUGCUCGGACGUUCCCAGCAUCGAAAGCCCCGUGGACCGGUUUGCCGGCCUCGAGCUAAAGCCCGAAGGGCAUACAGAUCUCCAGGACGAUGACUUUGACAUGCGAGCACCGUACAUCUCCAUGCACGGAGAUGACUUUCCGCUGCUCAGUCCCGACUCAGUCAUGUGGGGGCCCCAGGACUCGUCUCCCGGGAGCUCGUCCAGUCGGAGCUCUCUCUGCAACAGCCCGACAUUCUUCGGCACCUCGUCGUCUCCUCCGAGGCCAACGUUAGGGUCCCUGGGACCCAACCCAAAGUCCAGCCUGGCUGCCCUCCUGGUAGCCGAACUCCCACCACCUUCAUCGAGGUCACGGGAGUGGACCAAGCACCGAGCACGAACGAACCACCCCAGGUCAACGGGAGUCUCUGGGUCACAUCGGCAAGACUUGUCAAGGUCAGCACGAUUGACACAUCCACACCAACAACUGCACCAGUCGGUGACGAGAGGCCACCUGACACGGGGUCUGUCGGCGGCGAGCGACGGGCGGCCGCACGCAUACGUGACGACGGCGCUGGAGCAGAAGAUGGGGAUGCCGUCCCCCCCGGACCCACCGCCAAAGCGCGGCUCCACGGAACGGGCCCUGGGGGCUGGGCAGCUGGCCAGCCCCAAGAGGAUGCGGAUAGACCUGCGAGGCCUGCAGCUCCAGAACAAAGACAGCGUGCUGCUGAACUUGCUGGUAAAUGGAGAAGACGCCUGCCAUGGAUACCUGUGCCAAACCUUGCGCUAUGACAAAAGGUGCCCGCCGUCGUCUCCACGUCCCGCUCCUCUCCUGCUGGACGAGCCUAUUCCAACGUUGCAGGACCUGAGUCAGCUGGAUGCCGAGGUCAACGCCCCGAUCCAGCAACUGCUCACUGGCGAGGACUUGCUCAGUGCCCUCGACCAGUCGGUGCCUGCACUCGUCUGAGCAAGCGGCCCGCACAUCCCAGCUCCCUCCCUUCUUCCCUUCCUUCCCUCUUGUCCACCUUCCUUCCCGCUCGACCCUCGACCGCCGUCUCAAGACACCCAGAAGUCCGGGGGAAGAGGCAUCCAUCUUCGCAUCUUGCCCUCGCCAACUGAGGCAACAAAAACACCGUCAUCGGGAAGACGCCGCUCGCGUGGAAAACGGCAUUGCCCGCGCAUUCGGAGAGAGUCGCAGAGUGCCCCCCACAUUCCGAAAAACGAGGCGCUUCUUCAAAUUCACGGCGGCGAACCAAACAACUCCUCGGCGCCCUCCGUUUCAAGAAACGUCGCGCUGCUGUUUUGCUGGCCACCUGCGCAGUUUUGUCUUGUUCUUUGUUGUCCGUCAUCCGCGUGCACUGUCUUCUGGCAGGCAGCCCCAUUUCGUUUUUCUCUCUCUCUCGCAUGCCCUCCAUUUUCUCUGUGACGCACUUCGACGGGGCACGCGAGUCGCUCUCUCCCGAGUUCUCAAAGAGCACUCCCGCGAACCACCCCCCCAAGCGUGCCGCGUCAGCGGAGUGCUCUUUCGGAUUGCUCCGCCACAUUCGGAAGCGCCUCAUUCAGCAGCUCGAAGUGUGCGUAAUCCAAUCCCACUCGGAGGAACCUUCGCUUUCUCCUCUCUCGCUGCCGCCAUCGCAGUGGCCGCCGGGCCGUCUCGCAAAGUGACAAAAUAAUUCUACUGCCACACACUCUUUGCCACUGCCUCCGCGCGUCUGACAAAAAUGCACCUCAUUCGCAGAUGCCGUUUUCAACAUUGGGAGGCCGCGUGCCUCGGGACACAGGAUCAAAGAGAGCUUUGGCAUGUGGACAUUUCGCUUUUCGGCUUUUUUUCGUCUCGCUCUUUUGUCUUCUCACCUUCAUUCGAGCCUCACCUGUCACGCGACGCCCGUGUCUGCUUGGUAUAAAAAAGGUGCUGCUUUUCAUCUUGAGUCUUUUUUUCUCUUUGAUGUUCGAUUACGUUCACUACUGUCUUUGUCUUCGAUUUUAGGGCUGAGCUUUUCCUCUUUAGCUGCACAGCGCGAAGCUGUGAGCUUUAUGUAAGCCACAUACGAUUGGCUUACACGAGCGAACACCUGUACAUAGCUUGUUUUUCUUCGGGCCUUCGUUUCCCCCCGAGUUUCUCCCUUCCCCUCGUUCGUUUGUUUAUUUUUUCUUCGUGCCACAUGUAUCACUUCAUCCUAGAGUACAAAUCUCACGAGGUCACUGUGGGCACAUAUGUUUAAAAAAGAGUGGUCAGGUGGUUCUCAUAAUCGGCUGUUCGACGACACCUGCAACGACGCUCUCGAUGAAGAAGAGCGCGCUGCUCCGAUAUACGACAGCUGCAGUUCGUGUUUCCACGCCAUCUUGCCAGUGUUGUCGCGGAUACAUUUGCUACGAGGCUAAAAACUGACGCUCCCGACUUGUCAAAUUCCAGUUGUAAAGUGUUGAACCGUUUAUUAGAUGUCGAGAAAUGCAGCUUACAACAAAUGUGUCCUCGCUUCUUUUGCAUUCAAUGUUGGCCAGGCCAUGACAGUAGCUUGCAUGCAUGUGCAAGGAAAAAAAAAAGAUGAUGUUGGAUGCUUCGUAUUAGUGCUGCUUUUGAUCGCGUGAAACCUUGGUGGUACGAUGGAUGCGCUGCAUCAAAGGAUGUUACGAGCACAGUGAUUAUGUAACAGCAGCGAAUUACAAGGCUCCAAUAAAAAAUAUUUUUCUCUUUCUCUUGUAGCCCUUUGUAGGCUGGAAUGUGAGGUUAUGUUCCAAAUUCUGAGAGUUUGUGAUGUGCUGUUUGUAAACUGUGGCUGUAGCAUAUCCAGCUGUGCCAAGCAGCAUAUCGAGUCCCAUGAACAGUGCACUGUUUACUGUUCACAUUGUGCUUGUUUUGAAGCUGUCAAGUGUGCUGCCAUAGUGAUGUCUAAAGAUAGAGCAGAAAGACAUUGAACAAGCUGGUUUAUGCAAUUUAGCUUUAUAGAUGGGAUUGUUACACUCCCUCAAAAAUUAAGUUUUGCUAAUUGAUAUUGGCCAGUCUUUUUACCUCAUUUAACUGUGCUCAGUGGUCAAAGUGACCACCUGCAGAUUUCUGCAUAGUCAAACACUAUUUUAUUUCUGCAUAGUCAAACACUAUUUUGAUAGAGUUUAAAACGUUAAAUGAUUACUGGAUCUAACGAUACAUAAACUAUAGCCAGCAUUGUACAUGUAUGUUAGCUAUGCCAGGUACGCAGUAACUUACGCUGCGAUGACAUGUCUGGCACAUUUGGAUUCAGUUUCUGGAGAUCUUAUCUUUGGCAGUCAACGUGCUUGUGUCACCCACAGCGAAAGAGUACAGCAUUGUUGCCUUCUUGUUUCCUUCAUUCCUCAAUUAUAACGAUUCUUGGCAGUCUCGAAGACUGAGGCUGAAAUAAAAGAAAGCUCCAGUAGUGUGCUGUUCCUUGCUUGUUCAAUAAGUACUGAGAACGUGCACUGGAGCAGUGCAAAUGCUGAGAGAUUUAAUUGUAUUACAGCCAUUUCUGCUUGCUGGCUUGGAUAGCCAACCGUUAUUUUCAUCGGUAACGACGUAAAACUUUGAAAACGCUGUGCAUUUUUGACAAUCUUAUUCUAAUCUUAUUCUCUGCGCUUCACCGUGGAUAUUAGCGCUAAAGCUGAAUGUGGCAGGAUGCUGCAAAUACAGUGUUGCCACAUAAAAAAAAAUACCCAAAAGUCUAAUUGUCGAAACUCGGCAGAACUACCUGUAAAUGCAACAACGUGGCUCUGACGGACGACAGCCGCAGCCGCACGUGUGACCGUACCAUCAAGGUUUCACUUGCUGACGUACAUUUAGUGUUGUUCAGGCCUAGCUUUUAAGCAUACUGUAUAGAAACAGAAAAAAAAAGUUAUUUCACUAUAUAGUAGAAGUCGCCGUAGCCAUGUCACCGCUGACCUGUUGCUCAGCUGCUAGUCGUGUCUUUUUUUUUCUUUUUUCUUUUUGGAAGAGUGGAUUAUCGGUACUCGUAAAUCUUGGGUAAAACAAAUUUCUGAGGACUGCACCGUCUGUUGAGCACACUCAACCAAAGUGCCUGGUCUUGCGCAGAUUCAGCGCACACAAAACGUCCAAGACUUGCACGCCGCGGCCGCGUGCCUAUUUUUCUCGAGACGAUCUUUCCUUUUGCAGCUGGAACCAGUCCACCCGCGUGACGGUCACGCGGCUGUAAGUCACGCUCGAUAAAGGAAGUGCAUCACCGUUCGGUUACGUGACAAUGUCGGCGCAGCACGCUCCCGCCAUGGGCGGUUCAGUAUUUGGCAAGCAUUGCUAUACCACGUACAACUAACACUACACCUGCCGACGACCUUGGAUACAAUGCCAGUUGUGACAUUUUAGUCCGCCGAUGGGAAGUGACUGUCACGAGAAUGUAAAACGGGCGUAAUCAUGACGGUCACGUGGGUGGACCGGUUCCCGUUGUGAAAAAGAUUGUGCCACUUUUCUCAUGUGACGCAGCAGUAGACUACCGUUAACUCAACUAACUGUGAUCACCAGGCAACAGAGUACCGCCUCGACCCCAAAGCUCAUGCACGCUUCACUCUUUGUCAAGAACGGAAGCGCAUUGAAAAUUUUCGGUGCAAAGUGUGUGCAUUAUUCUUUUGCACAUUCCGUCAAGCGUGUUAAUAGUGCAGUGCUGUAUGUGCUGUUAUUUCAGGAAAUGUUAUUAAAGUCGUUGAUUAGAAGAAGGAAAAAUAAUGUAUAAUAAAGCUCUAUUCUGUAUGAAUGUUUGCGUAGUGCUCUAAAAAAACUGGCAUGCCUCAGCGCAGUUGCAAUCCCUGUGACAAAUGUGCUCAUGCUUGUGAAAAGCUUCAGAGUUUGUGUUUCGUGGUGACCAUUUGCGAGAUGCAUUGCAAGCAUCCUUCGCAACUGUUUGCUUUCCCGAAGUGCAAAGCAUGAAAGAGAAAACAGAGCAGUUAAUUACUUUCUUUCUUGUGUUGGAAUUCACGCAGGACUUGCGAAAUAGUGACAUUGGCACAUUGUUUACGCUGCGAGAUUGGCUUCACUCGCAUCACAGACCUCUCUCAGCUUUAACCGAGCAAACCAAUGAGGACAAUAUGGUUUCGCGUAUCCGUCAGUUUCGCAUCCGUACGCCUCGUUCAAACCGCUACAGUGCAAAUCAAGCGCAGCGCUUGGUGCAACGCAGUGCUUGACUUAUCAGUAGUCUACUGUACCUUGAUGUGAGCUUGUGGGGCUCGGUGCAAGCGCGCACGAAGCUCCCGAGCCGUUUACCCUGGGCUCGCAGUAACGUUAGUAUCUGUCGAAACUGCCGCGUUGCUGUUGCACAGCUAAUGCCGCACAGCUUCGCUAAAGGAGCUCUCCCGGGUGUUACAGUAAGGCUGGGCGAUAUUGUCUUGCAAUUUGGGGUGUGGAAUGUUCUUCGGAAGGCACGCGAGUGUUUUAUGAUGAGAACCUGACCUCAGAACCUUGUUUUGUUUUUUUUUUCCCUCAUCUGUUAUAUUUUGUCUUAUAGACUGUUGUGUACAUAGCCACACCUUUGUAUUGUUUUGUUUUCUCUCUCGAAACUGCUGCGAGCCCCCCACCCCACCAUUCAUCGGAAGAGAAAGAGAGUUUGUUGGCUGCCACCCGAUGUUGUGGCGGCAGAUUGUUGUUAACAUUUCAGGCCCGAUUGUUUUACCUGAUUCUAGUGUUGAUAUGUUUUUAUGUGCAGAAUGUAGUAGCGGGUCGGUUAGGCUACGCGGCUUCCCUCAACUUCUUUUUUUCUCUUCCCGUAGAGUGUCACCUCUCAGGAAAAACGCGAGCAAAAAAAAUACGGCAGUGUACAUCGAAAGUUUCUGUCUAGUGAGAGCGAGGAGCCAUUUUUGUUGGCUAGCAGAGAUAUAAAUAUAAAUAUCCAUGUGCGUAUUCCCGACAAUUUUUUUCCGUGUUUCAGUGUGCUGACGUAGGCUUUAUCUUUUGUUUGUUUGUUUCUCGCGUCGUACACGUAGACUGUCUCGGGCAGUUUUUCCAUUUCUUCGUUUUUGUCAUCGCCAACGGUUACAGGGAGAUGGCUGCGCAUCUCCUUGUUUCAUCCACAGCCAUGGAUAAAACCUGCCCGACAAAAAGUCAUUUGGUCUCUCCAUGGACUUGCAUUUUUUUGUUUACACCUUAUUACCUUGCUUCGAGCAGAGUGAUUUCACUUCUGCAGCUUAACAGAUGGCAUGGACUACAUGAUGUGACGCAUAUAUAUCGUACCAUCAAGCAAAAUGUUUUGAAUGGUAUUUUUGUCAGGCCGAAACUUAAAAGAAAAAUAUGACAGGAAAGCAGAGUUGUUGCAUAUUGUUAACUGUACGGACACCCACGCAUCAAUACUCUUGCAUUACACAAGCUGUUGUAAAGUACAAUGUAGUUACAAUGAAAAAUAAAAGUAUCUUUUCCAUUUA